CUUGGUUUUACUCGAUGUUUGAUUUAGGUUGUUGUUAACUGCUUGAUAUUGAUUUUUUCUAAUUGGGGAACCUUGACUGAUGCAGAAUCAUGCCUACGUUUUCUGCUGCCGUUUUUGAUACAACACUAAACGAUCAUCAGCAAACGAAAGCAAAAACAUUCUCUUGUCUCUAUGCCACUCCUAAAGAGAUCCCACUUCCUUAUUCCCCGUAUUCCUCCCCUCCAUCUCCCUAUAUCGUCAACCACAAAGCACGCAGACCAACUCCUCUUUUGAAGAGCUCCUUUGAUGAUGUGGAGGCGACGACUACCUCCUCCACAUAUUCAGAGGAUGACACCAAUGGCGUUUUGGGACGUCCUGUUUGGGAUUCUACUCCCCUUCAGGGGAACUUUUGGGGCAAGAAGUCUGCAAGUCAUAAAAGUAAUGGUGACAUCGGAAGCGCUGAUGAUGACAAUUGUCUAGCAUGGGAAAGUUACCUGUUGGAGUCAGUCAGAACAAAAGCUAACAAGGAUCAUGUACCUGAAUAUUUCUAUGACAGAGGCCAAUCAGUAAGCUUUACAAGCAAUUCAGAUGUACGAGAAGAUGCAAGAGCUGAUAAUUCACACUAUCUCUCUUCAUCUGGUGGAGAGUUUUAUGAUGCUCGUGAUGAACUAUCAACCGACAGCGGAACGCCGAGUUCAGUUAACAACGUUGAAGCUGAACUGAGGUUGAGUUUGCUGAUGGAAAGCGAGAAGAGAAGGCAAGCAGAGGAGACUCUGGAGGAAAUGCAAGUUCAUUGGCGGAGGCUCCGACAGCAGUUGGCCCAUGUGGGUCUGUUCCUUCCUCUAGAUCCCACCAGCACCCAAUACAGCAUGAACAUAGCAGAUGAACUACGUUGUCAACUCGAGUUCACCAGGUUUGUCUCUGACUCACUUGACAUUGAGUUGGCCAAGGCAGAGGUAGAGAUGGAGAUGACUUCUGAGCUCGAAGCUAAGAAGUUUGAAAUCACCCAGUUAUCUAACCGCCUUCACUAUUCCGAGACUGUGAACCAGGAAAUGUCCCAGCGCAACCAAGAGGCCAUAGAGGAUGCAAGGCGAGAGAAGAAGAAGAAGAGAAAGAGGAGGCAGAGAUGGAUUUGGGGAUCAAUUGCAGUAAGCAUCACGCUUGGUGGUGCAGUCUUGGCUUACCCUACCGCAAAUUCAUUGACAGAUGUAGCUCAACCUCGGCCGUCACCAAUCAAAUGAGGCUCCCUAGUCAGAUACUUAGGAGGAAGAAGCAAAAGGUUUAGGCUUUGUGAAUAUGGUUUUACUCUUUGUACCUAGUUUCUAGAGAUUUUGAUUAUGAUGAGGAAAAUCACUCAGCAGCUUCAUGCUGCGACCGUG